AUGUCAACCCCACACCUAGACGCCCUCCAACGCGACGGCUUCGUCGUAGUCCGCAACCUCCUAACCCCAUCCGAGGUAUCGCACUACCGCGAAAUCGCAACCAAAGCAACAACCCUCACCCGCACCGGCGGCUGGCCACACUUCCGCACCGUCCCCAAACAAUUCCCCCCAUGGCCCACAACCGUCCCCCCAGCCUCCGAGGGCGGAAUCUGGGGCGUGCAACACCUAAUGCACCCCUCCAUGCCCGGCCGCGACAGUUUCGCGCGCUGCUACUUCUCCCCCACAAUCCUCGCCGUCGCCGAGGAGCUGAUGGGCGUGCAGAAGACCGAGAACUCCGACACCGAGCCCCUCGUCAUGGAACUAUUCAACUUGCUCGUCGCGCCGGAAACGAAGGACUUUGAGCUCCGCUGGCACCGCGAUGAUAUCUCCGAGAACGCUACGGCCGAGGAAGAACUCGCCCAGCUGGCGGCUAAGGCGCCCGGAGGCCGCCAGUCGCACUGCCAGUAUAAUCUCGCGCUGUGUCCUGAUGCUUCGUUGAUUGUUGUGCCGGGGACGCAUAAGCGGGCGCGCACGCAGGUUGAGCGUGAUGCGGAUCCCUAUGCGGCUGAGUUGCCGGGCCAGUUGGUUGUUGAGUUGCAGCCUGGCGAUGCGGUGUUUUAUAAUAGUAAUAUUUUGCAUCGGGGUGUUUACAAGGGGAAGAGUGAGGGUGGGGAAGAGACAAGAUUGACUCUGCAUGGCAGUAUUGGCUUGAAGGCUUCUGGUAAUGGGGGUGAUAGUGAUGUUGAGGAGAAGAAGAAGGUUAGGGCUACGGCGGUACUGCAACACGGCGUUGGAGCUUGGGUGCAUCGUGAGGACGCUGCUUUCGGGCUUGGGGAGAGGGCUGAAAAGAUGAGGGCGAAUCUGGUGGAGAUGGGGACUGGAGAGGGAGUUGGGUUCUCUUUGCAGGGUUAG